AUGACGAAGGAACGCGAAUUGAAUAUCCCGAAUGGUCGAGGAGUUAGUAAACUCUUCGUGCUGCUUCCUUUCGCCGAGAUUAAACGAUUCCUGGUCUGGCAAGCAAAAGCGAAGUACCGGAUAGGGGAUAGCAGAUACGAGACUGCAGCGAUAAACUUCCGCGAUAGUAACCGUAAUAGAUGGCUUAAGGACGGCACUUCAUACUUCCGCACCGUCACCCCGGUGUGCUUCCGAGAGUACCGAGUAACCGAAAUGUACGCGAGUUUCGUGGAAGACUGCGAAGAGAUAAUGUUCUAUGAUUGGCCAAUGCAUACGCCGAUUUUAUGCACAUUCACUAAAUAUUGGCCUACAUCAUUCAAUAUAGACAAUUAUGUAGGAGAAGUGCAGGCAAAAUGGACGCCUUGGGUAAAGACUGAUCCAGUCAUUGCAUCAAAUGGGCCCAUGAAGACUGUACUACAUGUAGAGGAUUUAGUAGCUACUUUUAUGACGAUUGCCAAGACUGAUUCUAAUCUUUUAAAUUUCAUUUGCAUUGCUCGAGUGAUCCAUUUGCUUUAUCCAGGGGGGGUCGGGCAAAGCGGAUGGUUUCUCUUUUUUUAUGUUUUAACUAAAACUACAUAUUAA